GAGUUUUCAAUGCGAUUGGAUGGUUAAGGUAUUAACGGCGGAACAUUAAUCGAUUAUUUUCUGUGUUCCAUACCGAUUUGUUGGCGUGAAAGGGUAGAUCUCGUCUACAUUACUACCUAUCGUGUUAAAAAGAUAGAAAACCAAACAGCAAUGGAAUACCAUUGAAUGAAUUUGUGAAUUAAAAAUAAAUUUCAAAUAAUUUGUAAAUGUGUAUUCUUUGAGAGAAUAAUCAAAAAAUAAAUUCAAUUAAAUUGAAAAAAAUCAGGCAAUUUUAUUGCAAGGCGAAAAGAGCCAAGUCAAAACAGAAACAAGAAGUUUUGUGCAAACCAACCAACCAACCAAACGACUAAGAGAAGUUUGAUGAUUCCUAGUGUGUGACAAGAAAAGUGAAGGAGAAAAAAAAUCAACCAUAAAGCCCCCCUCAAUAUAUUCAUAAAGCAAUAACAUAAUCAUCUGAUACAAGUUUGAAAACCCCUUGCAACUCCUAUCUCAAAAAAAAAAAGACGUCUGUCUGGUUGGCUGCCUAAAUUAAUGCCAAUGUGUGUUUUUGUGUGUGAGCUUGAUGGGGCUCGUGACUGUUUAGUAUAAUCAAACAACCUGCGUAACAUACAACCUACUUCGUCCCCAACACCCCAAACGUCAACAAUAGAAACAUUGGUUUUAUUGCAACAACUACAACAGCGCAACCCCAAACCAGAACUACAACAAGAAGAGCAGCCGGUUAGAAAACAAAAACAAACAAAACAAAAAGUAUUCACAAAACAGCCGUGGUGUCUGGCGUAACUUCAUACCAUCAGCCACACAAAACCUCUAUCUCUCUCUCAGUUCAUACUCUCUCUCGCACUCUGUGUGUGUCUCAGUCAGUCCGACCAGGCAACUCAGCAACUGAGACGUCAACAUCGUUGGCCGCAUCUCAGACCAAGCAACGAGACAUCAUUGUUCUUUCAAGCUCCACCAUUCAGUUGAGUAGCCAACGUUGUUUGUUCUUCGUCAUCACCAUCGUGCUCGUCGUGUUGGUCGUCAGUCUGCUCUGGCAUAAAAUUAUAGUGAGUGGCGAGUAAACGAGAGUGUUUGCUACAUUUACAACGGAGUACAACAUUUAUGUGAUUGUGUGCGUGCGUAUUUUGUCGUAAUCUUGUGCAGUGUCGUGUAAAUGAUUUCCACUUCGUUUUACCGAUUCCCCUUUUAACCGCCGCUGUCACCUUGUUGUUGGCACAGUUGUUGUCGUUUGCUUUUUUUUUGUGAGUGAAUCGAAUAAAACAACAAAUUUUUGAGCCAAAGCCAAAGAGCCCCAUCAAAAAAAUAGUGGCAUAUACCGGCUAAACAUAUACAACAAAAGAGCAAGAGUAGAAGCCAACAACAACUGCAACAACACCAUCACGUCAAAGAAGUGAAACGUUAAAGGAAAUUUAAGAAAAAAAAAAAAAAUAAAAAAAUACACAAUAACUAAAAAAUAGAUUACAAAAAUACAACAAAUAAAAAAAAUGAAAAGAAAAGAGUAAAUCAAUCGAUAAGAUAGCAAAGUAAAGUAAAGAAAGAAGAGGAAUACAAAUAAAGUUCAACGAAAAUAAGGAAAUAAUAAAAAUACAUAAGAUCGAAACAAAAUAGCUAUUAAAAAAGAAAAGAAAAAAAAAAUAAAAAAAGUAAUGUCUGGUGUCCAAGAGUAAAUUUAUUAAAAAAAAAAAAGAAAAUUCUAAGGGUCUAUACAAAAAUAAUUUGUAUAACAGUGUCCUAAAAAUUUUGUUAAAAAAGUGAAAAUGUGCUAAGCCCCUGGAGGAGAUUAAUUAUUAAUAAAAAAUAAAUGCAAAAAUUGUGUAUUUUGUAUAAAUUGUACAAAUAAAAAAAACAACAACAACAAAAGAAUUGAAAAUAAAAUAAAGCAUAAAAAAUUACAUAAAUUUAUCCUGCACCCUUCCUUGCAAACCUAUAAAUCACAUCCAACAGAAAUGGCUUUAAAACCUCUCUCCUGCCAAAAUAUUUACAACAAUUCAAUGAAACUCAUUCUCGUUGUUGGGGUUUUGGCCACAAUUCUUGUGGCCUCUGCCUCAGCGAAAAGUUUGGAUUUUUCACAUGAUUUGGAUACCGCCAACAGCUAUUUGGAAGCACCGCAUCACCAUCAAGCCUCGUCGCUGCAUCAUCAUCAAUCACACAGUCUUCAUCAUCACAAUCGCAAUCGUCGUUUGCAGCGCCGGGAUUCCAAUUCCAAAGAUGGACUCCAUUGUAAUGAUGUUCGUGGAGACUUUGAGGCGAUAGACAUCCCGUUGCCACAACAUUUCAAUGAAAAAGGUGCCCAAUGUGGAGGUCACUGCUGUACAAAUUCCACAGAAAAUGAAUUAAAGAAAAUUGCCUCAGCCGAUUUUGAACGUUCAUUGCAUCAUCAUACCAAGAGUUUACGUGGCGUUUUGGAAUCAACAGCAAAACAUUUCCAAUCUUACAUUUUGGAUUCUACCGACCAGUCUGGAAAUCGUACCAUAAAUGUCUUUUCUCAAGUCUACAUACGAAUGUUGCCAUUGUCCAGGAAAUUAAUCGAACAACUAUAUUCGGAUAUUAAAAGUACCAUAAAAGCGACCGAGUCCACAACAAGUAUCAACACACUGGAGCAUAACAUACAUCAGUUCUUUGUCAAUUUGUUUCCCGUUGCCUACCAUCAAGUGGUCCAUUUGGACAAGCAACGAUAUGGUGAAUUGCACGAGGAUUACAUUAAUUGCUUGAAACUCACUUAUGACGAGAUCCAACCCUUCGGUGACAUACCCACUGAAAUCAGUCGCAAUUUGAGGCAAAGCAUUCAAAUGGUACACAUACUCAUCAAUGCCCUGCAUCAGAGUGCCGAAGUUUUGGGCGAAACCGAUGAAUUAUAUGGGGCCCAUUUGACGGAGAGCUGCCAGAAGCAUCUGCUGCGAAUGAGUUAUUGUCCACGUUGUAAUGGUCUGCAAAAGACGCAUGUGAAAACAUGUUACGGUUACUGUGUAAAUGUUUUGAGAGGUUGUUCGGCCCAAUAUGCUGGUGCAUUGGAUAGCCAUUGGUCAAGUGUUGCGAGUGGUUUGGAAAAUUUAAUGAAUGUCCAUAUGGGUGCUGAUGCUGGCAUUGUUGCAGCAAUUAAACAAUUGGAUGUUAAAUUACCUGAUUCAAUAAUGAAGGCCAUGGGAAAUGGUCCCGAACUGGAAAAGACGGUGAAAAAAGCAUGUGGUACACCAAAACUAUUGCCCUCCAAAGAAGCCGAUAAUGAAAUCAAAAAACCCAUUUCUCAUUAUAAUAAGAAGUUAAAUCCAGUAGAACCUGAACUAUUGCAUUUCUCAUCGACCAUUGAUAAAUCCAAAGAUUUCUACUCAAACAUAGUUAAUAACGUUUGCGAUGAUGACGAAUUUCAAAGAAACGAUCGUCACUGCUGGAUAGGAGAUCGUAUUAGUGAUUACGAUCAAAUUGUGAUGACACCUGGCCAGGAUACCCAACGCUACAAUCCCGAAGUACCUUAUGAGCCUACGUCUAAGCCAACCAAAUUACAUGAAUUGCUUGACAAGUUGUUGAAAAUUCGUAAAAAUCUAGAUACAGCGAUGCCAUCGCCUCCUAGAACAAUUAACGACAUUCAAAGUGAUAUGGCUGGUCAUGAUGAUGAAGGCUCAGGCCACAUAACCGACGAUGUAGAUGACGAAGAAUACCGGUUACAAGGAUCUGGUGAUGGUUCUGGAGAUGGUGCUACCUCCUUCCCAGUUGAUCCUCGUUCAGAUAAUAAUGAAGAUAACGAAAUUACACCACAUGAGUCAUCUAAUUCACCGGCCAGUACGGUAUCCUCGGCGAUGAGUUUAGUAUAUUUAACUUGUCUACUACUAGUCACACACCAUACAUUAUUAGCAACGAUACGAUUUUAUAAACUUAAUUUAAAUUAAAUGACAACAAAUAAACAAACAAACACACACACAAAUACGUUAAUAAUACUGAUGCUGCUGCUGCAACAUGCAACACAACAACAAAUCCAAGGGUGCAACUCUGUUUUAUAAAUUAUGUAGCUAUUAUAUAAUAUAAAUAAAUCUUUAAAUGUAUGUAUGUACGAGUACGAAUGAAAGCGAAAAUUUAAGAUAAAAACUCAAGAAAAAAUUUAAAUAAAUAAAUAAUAUAAUAAUACAAACAAAA